UCGUAGCAUGAUAUUGUAAAAUCCUGUCUACUCCUGAUCGAGUUGGUUUACUCGAGUAGUUAAAGUGGUUGUUUUUAUUUUCGUUUUGUAAUUCCGCUAUUCGGAUGGAAGCAAGUUUUUAAAGGGAGGAAAAGAACUUCUUUUGGAUCCAUUCAAUAUACAAAGUUAUUAUUAGAUAAACGAUACGAUCUUCAAUUAUCAAAUUAAUAAAAACAGAAUGAAGUUAUUUUUGUGCUUUUUGUUACAAUUAUUCGUGUUGACUGUGGCUCAAAGGACUAUUUUGGACAGCCCAGAUAUACGAUCAGUGGUUCGUCUAUUUCGUAAUUGGAUCCAAAUAUUUGGUAAAGAAGAAAGAGCUGCAUUACAAAAUACAAAUAAAAUUCAAAAAGAAGUUCCACCAAACGUUCCAUUUCCUUGCAAUUUGACAGGUGCUAGAUCUCCUACUAUUCCUGAUUCAAUUCAUCGUUUAAGACCAGGAGACAUAGAUAUUAUUGCUGCGUUGGGCGAUUCUUUGACGAGCGGAAUGGGAAUUUUUGCAACCAAUUUACUAGAUCUAUACAUUGAGAAUAGGGGUGCGAUGGCAAUUAUAGGAGGUGAAAAAAAUUGGCGAAAAUAUUUGACAAUCCCCAAUAUCCUCAAAGAAUUUAACCCUAACUUAAUAGGCUAUUCACUUGGAGAUUCUUUAACUGCUAAUCCAGCUUCGCAAUUAGAUGUAGCUGAGAUUGGUGCAAUGUCCAGAGACAUGCCUUUUAUGGCGAAAUUUUUAGUCAAUAGAAUAAAAAAUGACAAAAGAAUAGAUAUAGAGAAACAUUGGAAGAUGAUUUUUAUUCUCAUUGGAUUCAAUGACAUUUGUACGGAUUUAUGUGUACUUCCUUCUCCAUGGUCCACUUUAGAAAAUCAUAAAAAAGAUCUACUUAAAACUCUUCGAAUAUUAAGAGACAAUUUACCACGUACUUUUAUUGGUCUCAUAAUUCCUACUCACUUAAAGGAAAUUGUUGAUACACGCAAUGCAACAAACUCGCUUAUUUGCUAUGUGAUGAGAACCUUAUUUUGUUCAUGUUUGUUCUCUUUGCGAUACAAAAAUCAAAGAGAGGAAUAUUUCAAAAUAAUGAACAGAUGGCAAGAAAUAGAUGAAGAAAUUUCUAAAUACCCGGAAUUUCACACAAAUGACUUUACCGUAAUAUCUUUACCAGGUAUUAAAAAUGUUAAAGUGCCUCGGAAUAAUAAGGGAUUAGCCGAAGUUGACCGAUAUUUUUCUGCCGAUUGCUUUCAUAUAAGUCAAAUAGGUAAUGCACGAUCGGCAAAUACUCUAUGGAACAAUCUGUUACAACCAAUUGGUAACAAAACAAACAAUGAAUGGCUUCCACCAUUCGAGAAAUUUUUAUGUCCUACUUCCGAAAGACCAUACCUAGCAACAUUUGAAAAUUCAUAGAACAAUAAUGUUUAUAAAUAAAAAAUAAAUCCUAUAAACUGUUA